UCUACCAGUUACAUAUAAGUAGAAUUGUUUGUCAAAUGCUUCAAUCUACACAGAAGUAUCACAAACAAAAAGCUGUGUGCAGCAGAAACGUCACAGCACCCCUGAAGCAUCAUGGGGUGCACCGCUCUCUGUGCCACACUGCUAGCCCUGUUUACGGUUUCCUACGCCCAGACACUAUGCACCCUUAUUACUCCCAACGUGCUGCAUGUGGAGAGUGAGGAGACCCUCGUGUUGGAUGCUCAAGGAUACAACUCUGCUUUUGAUGCUGAAUUUGUGAUCCAGGAUUUUCCUCAAAAGAAAAUAAAACUUGUGCAGGCCAAAGUCCUUCUAAACAGUGCCAAUGGUUUCCUAGGGGCUGUGAAAGCAACGGUUCCCUCUAAGGAUUUGCUGAACACAGCAAAUAUCAAACAAUAUGUAUCUGUAACUGUAAAGUCUCCAAUUUGUCAACUCGAGAAAGUUGUCCUGCUGUCAUUUAGCAGUGGAUACAUCUUUGUACAAACAGACAAGACCAUUUACAAACCAGGAUCUACAGUUCUCUUUCGAAUUUACACAAUGAACUACAACCUACAGGCUGUUUCCAAAACAGUAAUCGUCGAAUUUCUGAUGCCAGAUGGGAUCCUUGUAAGAAGAGAUAUUAUUUCAAAUAGAAAAUCCAGCAUCUCCUCUUACUCAUAUACGUUGCCUGACAAUUUAAGCUUGGGGAUAUGGACCAUCUCUGCAAAGUAUGAAGAUUCUCUGCAUCAGAAUUACACCAAUAACUUUGAAGUAAAAGAAUAUGUCCUACCCAGUAUUGAGGUUGAACUGAAUUUACAAAAUAAUUUUUUCUUAUGGACCAAUGAACAAUUUAUUGUAGCCAUCCAUGCUAAAUACCUGCAUGGAAAACCAGUGGAAGGAAAAGCAUUGGUGAUUUUUGCUGUUAAAAAGGACAACAUGAAAUUUAGCAUUACAGAAUCUCUGACAAGGGUUCAGAUUGAGAAAGGUGUAGGACAGGCGGUAUUAAAGAGAGCAGAUUUGGUGAGACGCUUCCAAAAAAUUGAAGAUAUGUUGGAAUAUACAUUGUGUGUAACUGCCACUGUUAUUACAGACUCAGGAAGAGACAUGGCGGAGGCUGAAUAUGAUGACAUUGCCAUAGUGACAUCUCCUUAUAAAAUUCUCUUCACAAAGACCUCAACAUAUUUCAAACCAGGAAUGCCAUUUGACCUUAUGGUGUUAGUCACCAACCCUGAUGGAUCUCCUGCAAAUGAAAUUCCAGUUGUUGCUCAACCAGGAAAUGUGCAAGGAAAAACACAGAGGGAUGGGACUGCAAAGUUGACAUUAAACACAAACUUAUAUGUGGUAACUUUGCUAAUAACUGUGACCACUGUACAUCCAGCAUUACUUCCUAUUCAACAGACAUCUGCUUCCAUAACAGUGACACCAUACAGACCAUUAGAUGGUAAUUACCUGUACAUUAGCAUCACUGCAUCUGAGGUGAAACCUGAGAGAAAUUAUUCAGUCAACUUUCAUAUUCGAAAUACUAAUGCAGCAGUUAAAAACCAGAUCCAGAGUUUGACUUACCUGAUCCUGAACAAGGGUAGCAUUAUGAGAGUGAGCAGACUACAAUUCCAGUCAGAAGAAUUUGCAACAAUGUCCCUUUUUGUGACGAAGGAAUUCAUCCCAUCUUUCCGCAUUGUAGCAUAUUACAUAGUGCCUACCCCAGAUGGGCAUGAGAUGGUGUCGGAUUCAGUCUGGGUGGAUGUGACAGAUUCCUGCAUAGGGACGAUGGAGGUGUCUACUGUGAAGCAAUUUAGAGUCUAUGAACCUGGGACCACCAUUAGGCUGAAGUUAAAGGCAGACUACGAGGCCUAUGUUGGGUUGGUGGUUGUUGACAAACGUGUUUAUGGGCUGAGCAAGAAGUUUAAAAUCUCACAAAGCAAGGUGUGGGAUUCUGUGAAGAAGAAUGACAUUGGUUGCACUGAAGGAGGUGGUGCUGAUGCUGCAGGAGUAUUUUAUGAUGCUGGCCUAGCACUUCAGACAAACUUUAACAUAACAACUGCACACAGAUCAGAACUAACGUGUGAAGUCCAUGCUCGGCGUAGACGUCACUCUGCACAACUUAAUGAGAUAAAAAACACUAAAGCUCCAAGCUACCAAGGAGAGGCAAAAAAGUGCUGCCUGGAUGGCAUGCAAGGAAAUGAUAUGGGUAACAGCUGUGAGCAGCGCUCCCGCUACAUCCUUGAUGACAAAGAGUGUGUAGGCGCUUUCCUGGACUGCUGCAAAAACGUAAAGAAAAAGAGGGAAAUUGAUGCACAGCUGAAAAAACAUGUUUUGCGGAGAAGAAGUGACGAGGAGUACUUAGAAGAUUUUGAAAUUUUGUCAAUGACUGAAUUUCCAGAGAGUUGGUUUUGGAAAGUGGAGCAAAUAUUAGAAAAACCAGAUUCUAAUGGCAUAUCGACUAAGGACAUAAGGGUUUUCCUGAAAGAUUCUAUCACUACAUGGGAGGUGUUGGCUGUUAGUAUGUCUGAAAAUAAAGGUAUCUGUGUUGCUCAGCCUUAUGAGAUUCAGGUUGUAAAAUAUUUUUUUAUUGAUUUGAGUCUUCCAAAUUCUGUUAUGAAGAAUGAACAGGUGGAGCUCAGGGCCAUUGUGUACAAUGACUUGGACAAGGAAAUUAAGGUACGGGUAGACCUCACUUACAACCCAACGUUCUGCAGUUUGUCUACAGCCAAAAAUAAGUUCAGUCAGGAGGUGAACAUUAAGGGUCUCUCCUCAGUGGUUGUACCCUUCAUUAUUGUGCCUCUCUCUCUGGGUCUGCAUGAUGUGGAGGUGAAGGCAGCUGUUGCUGGAUCAAUUAGAUCAAGCGGUGUCAGGAAGAAACUGAAAGUUGUGCCUGAAGGGACGCGUGUGUCCCAAACUAUAAAAUCAGUCACCCUGGAGCCAGAAGUAAAAGGAAAAGAUGGGGUUCAAGAAGAGAAUAUCCCAGCAACUGACAUACAGAAAAUUGUCCCCAGUACUGAAAUUGUCAACAUUAUCAGAAUCCAAGGGACCCCAGUCAGUAGUAGGGUGGAAGAUGUCAUUGACAGCCUCAAGCUGAAUCAUCUGUUUGUGGUACCAGUAGGAAGCGGAGAGGAGAUCAUGAUAACUAUGACACCAAGUGUUAUAGCCACUAUUUAUCUAGACAGCACAGGACAGUGGGAUCGAAUUGGAAUACACCGUAGAAAAGAGGCCAUUAAUAAUAUCCAGACAGGUUAUAUUCGACAAAUGGUUUACCGCAAAAUAGACAGCUCUUAUGCAGCCUGGAAGGAAAGACCAGCUAGCACAUGGCUUACAGCAUAUGUUGCUAAAGUGUUUGCAAUGGCCCAGUCCCUUGUUGACAUUGACAGUGCUGUGUUGUGUGGAGCCAUCAAGUGGCUUAUACUGAAGAAACAGAAGCCAGAUGGAAUUUUUAAAGAAGAUGCUCCUGUUGUACAUAAAGAGAUGACCGGGGGAAUCCAUAACUCUAAUGAACCUGAUGCUGCUCUCACAGCUUUUGUGCUCAUUGCUAUGCUUGAAAGUCAGAAGAUUUGUGCUGCACGUGUCCCCAACCUCAUGACCAGCAUUGACAAGGCAUCAAGCUUCCUCUUGGGCCAGUACCCAUUGCUCCGCAAACCCUACUCGAUUGCAGUCACUUCAUAUGCACUUGCCAUGGCUGGGAAACUGAAGGACACUAAUAUACUGAUGUCUGCCUCUAAAGAUAAGGCUAAAUGGCAUGAGCAGGGCUCUUGGUUUAUUUCCCUGGAAGCUACAUCUUACGCCCUCCUUGCCCUGCUGCAGAUGAAGGAAUAUGCGUUAACAGGCCCUAUUGUGGGUUGGCUCACUGAGUCACAAUAUUAUGGAGCCAUUGUGGGAUCCACACAAGCUACCAUGAUGAUGUUCCAAGCAUUGUCUCAGUAUCAAAUUGAUAUCUCAAGUGCUAAGGAGAUGGACAUGGAUGUCUCCGUUCACCUUGCUGAUAGACCUGUUCCAUUAUUAUUCCGCAUCAAUCUUGCAAAUUUUAUGGUGGCACGUUACACUGAGAUUGACGCAAAUAAACCUUUUGUGGUAAAGGCAACAGGAAAAGGACAAGCCAUUUUAACUGUUACAUCUGUGUAUUAUGUCCAUCUGACAGAGAAAGAGCAGUGCAAUAACUUUGAUCUAUCUGUGGCAGUAAAAGAUGAACCAAAUUAUAGAGGACCAGAAGGUGCUAAGUCAACAGUAUCUAUAACUGUCUGUUUAAGACAUCUAAAAAAUGUUGAUGCAACCAUGUGUAUCAUCGAUAUAACUAUGAUGAAUGGAUUCUUUCCUGAUGUUGAGGAACUUAAUAAGUUAACAAGAGGAGUGGACAGCUACAUCUCCAAAUUCGAAUUCAACACAAAAUCUGCAGAAAUGGGAACCCUUAUUAUCUAUGUAGACCAGAUCUCACAUAGAGAGGAAGAUUGUCUGAAGGUUUAUGCUCACCAGUUUUUUGCUGUGAGUCGCAUUCAGCCAGCUGCUAUCACUGUGUAUGACUAUUACACUCCAGAAAACCGCUGCACUAAAUUCUAUCAUGUGGAUACACAUAACGCUUUACUGAGCACGAUAUGCAACAAUGAUGUGUGUCGUUGUAUCGAGGAAAACUGCUUUUUACAGCAGGGAAUAGAUGAAGACAUCACUCUAGAACUGCGAAGAGAAAAAGCAUGCCAACCUGAUGUGGACUAUUUGUACAAAGCUACAGUUACUGCAAUAGAGCCAAGCAACAACUAUAUUAUCUAUUUGAUGAAGAUUGAUAGGGUUAUUAAAGAAGGUACUGAUAAGGGCCCUCUGGGUAAUACACGCAGAUUCAUCAUCCAUACAAAAUGCCAGAACACAUUACAAUUGAAAGUAGAUAAUGCAUAUUUAAUAUGGGGCGUGGCCACAGAUCUUUGGUACCAAAACGCAGGCUACUCUUACAUCGUGGGGAAAGAGACAUGGAUUGAGCGGUGGCCAAGUGAAAGAGAAUGUCGGACUCCUGAAUACCAACAGGCCUGUGAUGAUAUUGAAAUGGUAGCUGAUAACCUGGACCUGUUUGGCUGCCCCAACUGAUUGGGCUUAUCCUAUUGUCAAAUAUUAAAAUAUCACUGUAAAUUUCUUGUCAUAUUUUAUACAACAUUACAGUGUAUACUUUCUGUCAUCCUUUCCUGUGGUUGGA